AAAAGGAACAAUUGGUUACGGAACAGUGUAUUGAAAACAUCCGGGAAAAAUGAACACCCUGUGUAACAAACAAUCACCAGCGUGCCCAAGCCACGCUGAUUUGGCGUGUCCAAGCCAUCUUGAAUCGGCGUGCCCAAGCCAUCUUGAAUCGGCGUCCCCUUGCCGCCUUGAAUCAGCGUGCCCAAGCCACCUGGAAUUGGCGUGCCUAAGCCAUCUUGAAUCGGCGUGCCCUAGCCGUUUUGAAUCGGCGUACCCUAGCUGUCUUGAAUCGGCGUACCCUAGCCGUCCGGAAUCAGUGCGCCCCAGUGAGCUCGACAAGCGGGGAAGUUGAGGGAAAACCCACGAUCCUUCAACAAGGACAGAGUCACCAUUGAACAUUGAAAGGGUUAACAACUUCCAACUUGAAACUCUCUUGCUGGUAGUUGAGUCAAGGACAAUUUUGCUAGAAGUGCCGGAAGUCGAGUCGACCUAUUUUGAAAUCAGAGCAGUGAGAAGAGUCAACGUUUGGAGUCGGGACCCAGGAAGCCGAGCAAAGUCAAGAGGACCUGGGGAAGUGCAUUGCAUACAUCAGUGAGCCAGCAUAGACCUGUUGAACAGUCUCUGGAGCUGAGUACAGGUGCAACUUCUGAGUUAUUCUCCGUCGAUUCAAUCCUGGACCUUCAAUCCGAUUGAUUCGACGUCAUCACCGUGGAUCCCCGUUGGACGCAAGAAUCACCCUCGUCAAAAGUAGGAUCUGACCAUUCUCUAUCCAUGUAUGUUUUCCUUCUUCCAUGGCCAAGCAAUUACCCCCUCAUUCAUUACCCGAGCCAGGCAGCUAAUUGGUAGAGUGUCAUUCCAUGUAUAUAAUAGAAUAAAGUAGAUUGAACCAUACAGUUUGCCUUGAAGAUUAGCCUAGAUUCCCCAGACGACCAAGAUCGUGCUGGCAUCGUAGAGAGUAGAGGUAGCAAGUGAUUUUCAUUCAACUGUAGCUAAAGUUCAUCACUCUUGAAGCAGAAAUCAGAAGUUAGACUCUAGAGUAGAGGUCGACUUUGAUAGGCGCAUUUAGACUAGGAUAGUGACCACAUUUUGCAGGAUAGUUAGCCUUGAAGAUUGGCCCAGGUGUAUGCCAGAAAACCAAGAUUGAACUGUAUCCAUGGGGAGUAGAGGUAGCUAGCGAUUUGUAUCCUUAGUUGAUUGAUGAUUGUUUGAGGCCCUGAUAAAGGAAGCUCAAACUAGUGACUGUAUGACAUGAUUAGGGUUAUAACCGGAGGCCUUAAGAUAGGUCUAAGAAAUUUAAGCCCAUGUACUAGGUGCUCUCCAUCUUUGAGAGCUAUCAAGGUAUUUUUACCUAGUGCUUGGGUCAGGAGUUCCAUGUGUCCGUUCACCACGGGAAUUCAAUAAGUCUGGACCUUUCACCCCUGGCUGGUGGACGAAAAAAGUUAUUAUGCUGUAAUUAAAUACCGCAAAGAAGCUUGAACUCGGCUAGCCUGGGAUCGAACCAGGAUUUGCUAAUUGGAAAGCGGAUGCUCUACCAAUAUACGGUAUCCAAGCAAGCCUUCGCCCUGGUAGGAAAAGUGGGGGAAUUGUUCGGCCAAUGGAAAAGAGGACAUACGCAUUUGAAAUCAAUGGGUUAAUGAUUAGUGCUCGAUGUCUGGCGAGAUGGUCCAAAGGCGAUGCUUGAAUGACGUCCACUCAACGGGGUUGAAGGUCCAUUAACAGAGUGACGAAAUGCUGUACUCAGACACGGCACUUCCCCAGGUCCUCUUGCUCUUCUGCACGGGUUCCUGGGUUUCCUACUCCUAUAUGAUGCCGAUAUCUGCCCUUCGAAACAGUUCCCACUUCUUGGCACCAAAACAAUGGCAAAGUCCCAACACUUAGUAAUGGCAGGUGGUUCCCCCUUGGAGAGGUUCAAACUCUGACUUCUCUCCUUGAGCUCCCAAUUCAGACCUGUCUCCUCGAGAUCCAAAAUGUCACCGUUGUCCUCAUUGAAGGACGAUGGGUUGCUCUCUUCUCCUCGAUCACGAAAAUGUGACUCUCUUUUUGGUUAAAUUUCCCAUACCACGUUGGUUUCCGCCUUUUCCUCAUGGAGGUUAAACGGGUUGUCCCAGGGCCCUUGGUGGACGGUGGCGGCUUCAUCUGUAAACUGUUGCACUUAAACGACAUCUGACCGCAACAGGGAUUUUCACAUAUCAAUGUUCAGGGUCUACCUCCUUUCGUCAGACAAGUCAGAUUGGCCAUCGAUGGGUUUUUCUGAUUGCCGACAAUGGAUUACAUCUUGGCGACAUCAACUCGUGAGGGUAAUAUUUCUUAUUUCAAAUUAUCCUCCAUUCUCACAAUAGCCACGAGAACAUUGGUUGAGGCAAUCGAGGAUAUGCGAUUACGUCCGAUCAAUUUCUGAGAAUCGAUUCCUCGAGAGUGUUUUAAACUUCACAGCUUUCCGAGACUUACGAUGGAUUACGACGUUUCUGCGAGCAUUGGGUUGGCAUUUGGUCGACAUCUGACCGCCAAACGGACUACACGAUGGGCAGUUCAACGAUUUCGGUGGUUUCAUAUGAUGUUAAUAUACAUGUACACUUCUAACAGGCAUUUUGAUAAACCCAGUUCCGGGAGCAAUCAUUCAUCCUGUAUGUCAUCUAUCCAUAUCAUAUUAGGAUGAUGCACUCGAUUGUGGACGGAACACCUUUUGUUUCAUUUUAGAUGAUGGAAUGGCUGAUCUGUGUGUUCAUGAAUACCCAUGGGCAUUUGACAACGGGCGGAGGUGCUGUCGCACAUUUUCUGUUACCAAUCGGUCACAGCCAUUGCAAUACGAAGAUUCCCCAUCAAAAUGUAUGAACAACAACUGGAUUAAUUGUCCAAACACUAAACUAUUUUGUGUCUCUUUUUCCCCCCUACACCGAUGUCCGCAUCCUUCAUCAGUGGGUUUGGACACGGGAUGUUGCACAGCGGCAGUGGAACGCUGGGCAGAGAGUGAAAGUCCUCCUUGUCGAGGAUUCAAGAUUCAAGAAAAUACCCCUUCCUCUUGUUGCCCAUCGGAAGAUUUCACAUUUAUUCAAGAUUGUGCUGACAAACUGAAAAUAUGUGUUAGCUCUGGUCCUUUCCCUCAUGGACUAAAUCCCCCCAAGCAAUCAGUGGUUGAGGAGCAAACUUGGCCGGGGUAUGAUGCAUCAUUUGCGUUGGUAAACUCAGCUUGUGACGUUGAUAUUACCAACUUUUGGGUGGCAUAUCCAACUGAUUCUUAUUUCAUCAUCGAUUGGGGCUUUCAUCUGGUCCCUCGCAAGCUCAUUCUUAGAAACAGUCGCAACGCUGGCAGCAACGACAGAGGAGUUCAAGAUUUCACCUUCUCCGGAUCAGGAGCCAGGGAUCCCUAUAACUGGUUUCAGUUGGUCAACAAUCGGUUGGAGAGUGUUCAAAGCCCUGGAGUGGCGCCAUGUGGAGCUCCACUUGUCUCAUUUACGAUCACGACCGAUCUACCGCUGCGAUACUUCCAAUUUGACGUGAUCACGUUCUACGGCAAUGGGGCUGCAUUGCAAUACAUCAACAUUCAGUAACAAUAUUUUCUGUGCACCUAUUGCCAAGUCUGGGAAGUGAUGGUGCAACUAACACUUGCUGAAUUCAAGCCUAUCCUCCAUUACAAAGGAAUGAAUGAAAUAUCCUACUCCUUUGGCCACAUUGAAGAUACCUUAGAAACUAACAUUAUUGCUCGGCACAAUUUUUCUUUUUAAAAAUAAUGGGGAACCCUUAACUUUUUUGGGCCAUUUCCAAACGAUUACCAGGUUUGGGUCAUUUACAUUCUUAGCGUUUGUCCUUUUGGCAGUCGUAAUUAGGCGUUUUUCCAACAGCACAAAUAUAGAGCGACUAGUAGUCACCCUAAAAACUUCUCAUUUUCCACGUGUGCAUGAGUUUGCUUUUUCCUUGUUCCUUUAGAGGAAAGUAAGAUGAGGUCUGAUUUUAUUAAUGUAAUCAACUCGUCUCUGUGCGAUAAAACAUAUCCCAACCAAGUGAACAAAAAUUCCAAAUGGAUGCAGUAGUGGGGGUAUAUGCAGGUAAUAGUGAAGCUCACAAUACUUAAUGGUGAACAUACAUUGACUUAAGUUCGAUGUUUUGGCCGAGGAGCCCAGAGUGUGCUCGCUGUAUGUAGUUUUCAGAGUGCAAUUCAUUCUCAAUCUGCUAUCGAAAUAGCAUAUUACAUGAAUAAAGUAAGUAGAAAAUCGACUACAUAAUCCAAAUCUUUGACGAUGAUAUCCGUACAAUUUGAAUUUCCUGCCAUGCCUUUAUCUAAA